AUGAAAAUCAAUGGAGAAACCUUCAAAAUAACACUUCCAACCACAGCCUACGAAGUCACAAGCCAUUAUCCAAACCACCUUCUCUAUGAAUCCAAAUCCCUAAACCAAUUUGGCCUCCGAGCCAAGCCUUUGGACCCUCACUGUCAGCUCAGACCUAAAACCCUUUACUUCCUCCUCCAAUUGCCAACCCUCUACGGCGUCGAUCGUUCGCUUCGUCGCACUUGUUCCGACCUUCAUUUGUCUGCCUCUGACCGUCUCGAGUGCCUUUUGCUCUCUCGACGUUCAGUUUCCGACCUCCAAACUCUUCGGUUCGAUCCUCAAAGAUCAUCAAUCCACGAUGGUGCUGCAAAGUCUGUGCAGGUCAAAUUUCAAUUGCCAAGGGCAGAAUUUGAGAGAUUGAUGAAGGAGUGCAAGAACAAUGUGGAGGUGACAAAGAAGAUUGUUGAUUUUUGUGCAAAAAGUAGAGAUAAUGUCUAUGGGCGACCAAGACCAUGA